AUGCCUGAGGGAGGAGGAGUAGUCAAGAAACAAAGACGCAAACCAAGUAACACAUGUGACUUGUGCAAAAGAAAAAAGAUUCGUUGCAACAGGCAGCUUCCAUGUUCGAGUUGUGUAAAAAUCAACAUGGGCUACGCUUGUACCUAUGACACCAAAUGGAGACCGGUCAAAACAGGAGGUAGCGACCGUCUGGUAAACAGCCCCACGGCUUUAUCAUUUCAACAUUUCAAUAAUACAGGGAAAUUCCAGCAACAACCUAUACUGCCACUGGUGGAACCUGUAUCGACAGCAAACAUUUUGCUCCAAAACAGUGAAAACGAAAAUCGUAUUUUGAAGCAAAGAAUUGCAGAGUUGGAGAAUUUAAUCAUACAUAAAGACAAGAAUCAACAAAACUUAGAUAGCUUGGCGUCCAACUCGACUCGUGGUAGCUCCCCUACUAGCUUGAAACCAUAUAUACGAAAGCUGCCAAUUCUUCCUCCGACGCACUCCACUUUUCCAAAUCCAGAAGUUGGCGAUGACGAGAUUUUAAACUUUUACGAAGGUUAUACUUCCGUGAAGGUAGAAGGAAAUGUUAAAAGAAUUAAUCACGGACCAUUAUCUGCAAUAGCCUUGUUGAAGCGCGAUCCAGCAUUGACAAUUUUGUGGGCUUCAACAUGCAAAAGAGGUUACCUAAAAAUAAUGGACGUGGAUCGACCAUUUUUGGUUCAUUCACAUAACGCUGAUAGUAACAAAAUUGUUCACAACAAUGUCAAUAACUUUACCAACAACAUCAACGAUACCAAUGGUGAAAAUAAUGGUUCAUGCUCGACAGACAUUCGCAUUUCGGAAAAAUUGGACAAUGCAUUUAAAACGAGAUAUUUGGAAGUUGAAGGUUACGAUGAGUACACCCCUUACAAGUCACGAAUGAAGAAAGAGAAAAUAAUAAUGCAGCACCAGAAGCUGUCGAGCCAUCUUGAAGAGGACAUGAACAGAUUGGAAGAAGACACUAAUAUGUCAAAUAUUUUGGCUGAGUCGCAAAGCAGAAUGACAUUCACACAGAUCAGUAUUGCCAAAACGCUAUUUGACGGUAGAGUUAAUCCAGAAUUACAUCUUAUUGAAAAGAUCAAACAAAUUUUGCCACAAAAGAAAGUUUUUUGGACCCUUAUUGACUUAUUCUUUUCAGAUAUCUACCCGUAUGUGCCCUAUGUUGACGAAGUUGCAUUUAGACAAGAUUUGCAAAAACUAUUUGGACCAGCAGAUUAUACCAUGGAACCUUUCACUAAAGUAACAUUUAUUAAGAAGUUGGACUUGGCUACCAUUGCUAUAUGUUUUGUAAUCUUGCGUUUGACCUAUUAUUCAUUAUAUUCAAAUAGAGAUUGUGUUAAUCAAGCCAUUGUCAAUUCCAAGGCAGACACGAUGAAAAAAUUUCUUUUGGCAAAUCCAAUAACAACCACUUUGAUUGAUGUGGCAAACUCGUGUAUUUACUGCUUUGAUAUAACAAGAAAAGCCAAUUUCACUGUCUUUCAGGCACUCUUGUUUAUGCGAGUAUAUAGAAAUUGUGCUUUUGAAGAGGGUGACAGUAUCGAAGGUAGUGACUCACAAAUUGGCACAGCGUUACUAGUACAAAUGGCCCACUCACUAGGUUUGAAUCGCGAGCCAGAUAAUCUUGAUGUGUUUCAUGAUGAGAAAAUUAAUCAUUUGGGUCGUAAAAUUUGGUAUUACCUUGUGCACACCGACAUUGCACACUGCUUCAACGCAGGCUAUCCAACAAGUAUUCAUCCUUACCAUUUUGAUGUUGUUCGACCAUUUAUGACAGAUUCAAACAGUAAUCUGAAAGAUGUGGCUAUGGAAGCAGAAAUUGUUGAAAUGUUUGGGUUUUUGGGAACUCAUUUGACUUUGUUGAGAAGAUUGUCAAAUUACGCGUUGGAUAUCACAAGGGGGGUUAAAAUGAAUGUAAUUAACAAUGAUUUACAUUCAUUGGAAGUGCUUUUGAAAACACAGUUUGACAUUGUCCAAAAGAAAAGAUUAAAGGACGUGCAGCACAACGCUUUAGAAUUGCGUUGUAUGUUUCGAGUAUUUAUGGGGCUUCGAACAAGCUUGAUAUCAUACUAUUAUCAUAUAUACCUCCAUUAUGAAAAGAAAUUGGACUCCGAAAUGGCAUUCUUUUACCUUUGCAAAUUGAUGCAUAUCAGCACCUACGAUGUUAUGCCACAGGUUGGAGAUGUUAUCUACGGAUACAUGAGUGAAAUGGCCCUAUUCAUUAAUCCAAACUUGCAAUUGGCAUUGAGUAGAGUCAACGAGCUAACAUUAUCAUGCUUGGUAAGAGUGCGCUACAAUCUUAGGGCAAUGGAGCAGAAGCCACAACACAUGGAAAUGUUAAAGCACGACGUAGAGUAUAAAAGACACCAUGAAAUAUUAAAAUCUAUAUUGCAGAACCUCAAUCAUGCGGGUUUGUUACUCUUGUCGUUAUUGGAAAGGUUGGGAACCCGAUACUAUUAUGCAUGGAGAAUUUCAAAGGCCAAAAAUGUACUUUUUCAAAAGAGUACUGAUUCUGGAUUUUAUGAUAAGCAAAAUAGUGGAUUAAAGAAAAUCAGGGCUUUUCAGUUUACACCAUCGCAAUUGGAUUAUUUCAACUCGUUGGCUAAAUUGUUGGCAGACACCUCGGCAAGAAUUGUUAAUUACAAGGAUUCUAUCGAAAACCCCACUCCUGAUUUUUCGCCACGUGUAAACUCGCAAAGUAACUUUGCAAAUUACACAACUGAACCUUUGGCAAACACUUUUGGCACGAAGCAAGAAAAGUUAGGUUCCUACAUUUCAAAUGACAAUACUGAUGGUCUAGUCGAUGGCAAGAGCAAGCGUGUGCAAAUGAAUGGUGGUGCCAGUACAAACUCAUUUACAGCACCAUAUGAGUCCAAUGGUGCUAUUGCAAAUUCAGAAAUUGCAAAUGCUAACCGAGAUGACACCGAUCAAAUGUGGUUGCAGCUUACUGCGAUGAACUACGGCAAUAACUACGAUGCGGUUGAGAGUUGGAUGCCAAAUUUACAAUUUCUUGACCAAGCAUUGCAAAAUUCAAACAACCAAAAUGAUGAACGUGAAGAUGGAACUGCAAAUGGAACUGCAAAUGGUAGUGAAAAUAAACCUGUUGCAAACGGGCCUGAGAAUGGAAUUGCAUCUUUUGAGGAAUACCCGUACCAUGCGCUUGAGCGACCGCUGUUGUUUAGAGAUCCCGGAUCGCUGAUUUACAUUGAUCAAAAUUUUGAUCUAGCUUAUAAGUACAAGUACACCUAUGAUCAAAUCCUAUAG